AUGGCCGACGAGCAAGGAGGGAUGCGUGGCGUCAAGCGGUUGAUGGUCGAGGCAGGUGGCGGCGCCAUUAUUGGCCAAAUGCGAUGCGGGAGCUCCAAGGAACCCGCCGUAAGAAGUGGCAGGGAUGCGACAGGGCUCGGCAACGCUUGCACGGCGUGUUGCGGGGUGUUGCUGUCAAUGCCGCCCUAUGAUGGUGGUGGUGGUGGUGGUGGUCGUGGUAGUUUUGGUGAUGGUGCUAGACUUGUAACCACCGUCGUCAUGUCAUGGCCCCCCGUCGGCUGGGCGUCAGUUGCAGAAGGGCUUGGUGGCUUUGGCAGAGGGGAGGCUUCUGGCAGCUGUCAAGUGUGCCACGGUCCGCAAAUUGCGUAUGCGCCAGGAACGCGGUGCAUCAGCCUUGCCCGCCCACCAUCGAGGGCGUGCAAUGGAAGGGAGCCGCCUGUUGCGCGCACCGAGGCCAGAUGCAGCGUUGCAUAA